AAUGUAAGAGCAAAUAAUUUCCAAUGACUGUGACCUUUGCCUCUCCGGUUGUAGCGGACCGAAACCAGAUUCUCGGUGGCGACGCAGGAGACGAGAUUCAUUAAAUCUCAGUUGAAACCGCCGGCGUUCUCCAAACUUUCACUGAAACAAGAAUAAUCGCUCCCUCCCCUUCUCCCCAAUGAAGAAGGUCUAGACCCGAAACGUCGCCCAUUCCUUCUCUCCAGAGAUGUUGCCUGUCCCGCUGAGUUACUCCAGCUUUUUGCGUCUAUGUUAGGUGAUUUAUUCCAGCGGAUGAGAAAUCAGAAGGGGAGCUCUGUGACUGUGCACCAUUUCUCCAGCAUUUUUGUGUAGCGGGGAGCUCUGUGACUGUGUGUUGUGUGUGUGUGUUGUCUGUGUGAAGCAAUUCUUCCCAAAUAAGACAACCCACACUGGUGUGUCAAAGGGGCUGCCGUUGUUGUAUCUCAAGUUCGAUUUAAGCGUUGGAUUCCCCCGCGCUCUGGGACGUCCUGUUUAACAGUGUGAAGAAUUUCACCACAAGUCUCCUCCCUUUGUUUCAGGUGAGCGAGAAGGGGGUAAGGCACACCCUCAAAGCGUGAAGUGUGAGUGAUCCACCACGCCCCGAGUCACUCGCAGGUCCCAUUUAAAGAGACGCUGUGGGAGCGCGGGGUUGUUGUCGGAUUAGUUACAGUUCAGCGAGUCGCAAGGCCGGGCCAGAGGACACCGUGAUCUGCCAGUAGUUCAUCGCUGCCUGGUUCGGCUCGCCUCCCUUCCUGGCGCUUCUUCCCCUCGCCGGAGACAUGAAGAAAGGCCACAAAGUGUCGCCGGCUCGACCGCGGCUGCUGUUGCUUUAAGACAAGUGGAGGAGCCCUUUUUUUUUGAUGGUGGGGGUUGAGGAUUGGGGAGCAGAGAGAGAGAGUCCCGCCACAGCACACAGUCACCUGCCUGCUUUGCUUCGCUGCGCUCCGUGUGACGGCCCGAAGCCACCACCGCCUGCCUGAACGUCCCUCCCACACCGAUGUCCACCGAAGCCAAGCCACGAUGGAGUGCCUCCACUUCCCAGGCGGACGGCGCGGUCUGCAGACCGACCAUGUUGGAGAUGUCUGAGGACUCGAGCAUAGAGGGGAGCAACAUCCCCGAGUGCACGGCGUACAAGAACCCGGACAACCGAGGCGCUGACGAGGUGAUCAUCGACCCCCCCGUUCCCGCUAAAGCCAUCACCCUACCCACCCAGAUGGCGGUGUACAACGUCAGGAAGCCCUUCAUCUCCAAGGUCAACCUCCAAGGCAGAACUUACAACUUUCUAGAACGGCCCACUGGUUGGAAAUGUUUCAUCUACCACUUCACAGUAUUUCUUAUCGUUUUGGUUUGCCUCAUCUUCAGUGUCAUGUCGACAAUCGAACAGUACCAUUACUUUGCCAACAGAGCUCUCGUUUGGAUGGAGAUUGUAUUAGUGGUAUUUUUUGGAAUCGAGUACAUCGUCCGACUAUGGUCAUCUGGCUGCCGCAGUAAAUAUGUUGGAUUUUGGGGACGGCUCCGCUUUGUCAGGAAGCCCAUCUCCAUCAUCGAUCUCAUAGUGGUGGUGGCUUCAGUCAUAGUCCUCUGUGUGGGUUCAAAUGGGCAAGUCUUCGCAACAUCAGCCAUCAGGGGCAUUCGGUUUCUGCAGAUCCUCCGAAUGCUGCAUGUCGAUCGGCAGGGCGGCACCUGGAGACUACUGGGAUCGGUUGUCUUUAUUCAUCGGCAGGAGCUGAUCACCACCCUGUACAUUGGGUUCCUGGGCUUGAUCUUUUCCUCCUACUUUGUGUAUCUGGCUGAAAAGGAUGCGGUGGAUGACAGUGGCUCCCAGCAGUUUGGCAGCUAUGCAGAUGCCCUGUGGUGGGGUGUGGUAACUGUUACAACAAUUGGAUAUGGGGAUAAGGUUCCACAAACUUGGAUCGGCAGAACCAUUGCGUCAUGCUUCUCCGUGUUCGCUAUCUCUUUCUUCGCUCUUCCUGCGGGGAUUCUCGGUUCGGGGUUUGCUCUCAAGGUUCAGCAGAAGCAACGACAGAAGCAUUUUAACCGGCAGAUCCCAGCAGCUGCCUCCCUUAUUCAGACAUCAUGGAGGUGCUACGCAGCAGAAAACCAUGAUUCUGCCACAUGGAGGAUGUAUGUUCGAGCACCUAGCAAAUUCUAUGUUCCAUCUUCAAGUCCAAAAUCAAAGAAACUGAUGGUUAAAAAAAAGAAAGUGAAGUCUGACAAAGACAAUGGACUGAAUUCUGAGAAAACACUGAAUGUGCCGAACAUCACAUAUGAACACGUUGUUGAUAAGGAGGACAAGAAAAAUGAAAAUAUUGAUGGAUAUGAUUUAUCAGUCAAGAAAUCCCUGGGCAUGCUUGAUGCGAACAGUGGAGCUUUGUCGAGGGCAAACAGCUAUGCAGAUGACCUUGACCUCAUCGAGGGAGAGACACCAAUGGCCCCCAUCACGCAUAUUUCGCAGCUGAGAGAUUCCCAUAGGAUCACCAUCAAGGUGAUUCGAAGGAUACAGUAUUUUGUCGCGAAGAAGAAAUUUCAGCAAGCCAGAAAGCCUUACGAUGUCAGAGAUGUAAUCGAACAGUAUUCUCAGGGUCAUCUCAACCUGAUGGUGCGAAUCAAGGAACUGCAGAGAAGGUUAGACCAGUCCUUGGGAAAACCAACAAUGUUCCAAUCUGUGUCAGAAAAGAGCCAGGACAGAGGAAAGAACACAAUCGGAGCUCGACUUAACAGGGUAGAAGAGAAGGUCGUGGACAUGGAUCAGAAGUUAAACACCAUCACGGAUAUGCUGCAGCUACUCGUGGUCAAGCAGGAGGGAUACUCACACUCACAGACUCAGCAUCCGGCACAGGGAACCACUUUGCAAGCCGUUGCCUCAAGACACAGCUCUCUGCCCAGCUACGAGCAGCUGACAGUGCAUCAAGACAACAUUGCGUGAUCUUCUGUCUCCGCUGCUUCAAUUUCAGCCACAUUGCAAGAGACGACUUUGGGUAUUGUAUAGAAGCCUCAAAGGUUGUACACAAAACUGACACACAACCAUGAGGAUCCAGCAAUGCACUGAGAAAGUGUAUGAAACUUGAAACCAGCCACCAAUGGGUCUGCCUUCUUGACAUAAAUGUCCCUUUGAUUCUGGCUUAUGGAUUCUAUCAGUUUUCUUAACGAGAUCUUCGUAGCGUUCUCCCGGACCCUCGGACAUUUCCCAAGCGCAUUUCAAACACUCCUCCGGACCCUUGUUUAGGAUAAAAAGUGAAGACACUGCUUGGACUGUCUGUAAAACCGAAGGAAAAGACUGAUAGCAGCUGAUGUUGAGUCAAAUUGUAAUCCUCCUUAGAAUAGAUUUGUUUUUAAUUGCAAAAAUCAAAAUAUUAUAUGAUUGAUGAAAUGAGUAUGAACACCUACUCAGUGUCAGUGCAAUCUUCCCCUAAAACAUUCAGUGACAGCAUCAGAUAUAUUUAACUGUGAAAGUGUCAUGUCUCUUUUGUCCGUGCUACUGUGCAGGUACGCAAACCACAGGAGUGAUGCACAGACAUUUACGUCAUCAGUAAAGUCCCCAGAACCCACUGGGCUGACAAGUGCCUAUAACUUCUUAAAAACUUUUAUGCCAAUUCAUUCCAGAUAGUCUAGGUUGGUGUUUUUGUUUUCACCAACUUUUAAGUUUAUGGGUUUUUUUUUCGCUUAAGCUACAGUAAUCCACACUUCACUUAACUCCAUUUCCUUAUUUUAUUUUUGAAAGUCUUCAGGCAAGUUGGUUGCUAUUUCUGGAGCUGCACUUCUCCUUUUAGCUGGACUAAACAAACCAUCCCCCAGUCUGUAAGUACAACGCAAGACUAGUUAAUGAGUGAUUUGUUAAGCCUAGAGCCUGUUUAGUUUGCUCUCCUCUCCCUUGUGGAGGUUCUCAGGGUUACUGAGCCAACUUUCCUCAAGAAGUGAAAUAAAGGGGUAGUUUUAUAUCUCAAUGAUCACUAUAGACAUGAUUUCAAGAAAAUUCAUUUUGUGGAUUUCUGACGGUGUGGUAUCUAAAUUCCCUCAAGACUAAGAAAAGAGCGGUUUCGCCCAUUGCGACUACUCCGGCUCACCAUCUCAUUCCUAGAUUAAUUUUUCAUAUAACCCAUUCUUGACUGUCGUGGACAGUCCUAAACCCAUUCUUUCAACAAAUAUACUCAUCAACACCCUUCAGAUUCUGCUCUGCAUCUACACACUAAGAGCGUAUUGCAGUGGUCAAUUAAUCCCCAACCCACACGUCCUUUAGAUGUGCUUGGAAACCAGAGCACCCGGAGGAGGCUCACAGAAUGCCAUUAUACAGGAGUGGGAUAUAAAUGAUAGUCAUGGGUGGCACGGUGGCGCAGCGAUAGAGUUGCUGCCUUCCAGCGCUUACAGCGCAAGAGACCCGGGUUUGAUCUUGACUAUGGAUGUUGUCUGUAUGGAGUUUAUACGUUCUCCCUGUGACUGCAUGGGUUUUCUCCGGGUAGUCUGGUUUCUUCCCACACUCCAAAGACAUACAGAUUUAUAGGUUAAUUGGCUUUGGUAAAAAUUGUAAAUGUCCCUCGUGUGGAGGAUAGUGUUGGCGUACUGGUCGGCAUGGACUUAGUGGGCUGAAGGGCCUGUUUCCCUGUUGUAUCUCUAAACUAAACUAAACUAAACUAAAAAUGCAUUUUAAACCUGUACCAGAUUUAUUUCUAUGGGCUUGAGUCACAAGUGAUGUGAAGAUGCCAACUCUAUGUCUGCCAUUAUUUACCAAUGCACAGUUAAAAUUAUGUCCUUUAAUGUCUUUCUCAAGCUGAUUUUAGCAACCUUCAUGCAGCUGUCAGCAAAUAUAACAAAGAAGUAGAACAUUUCCCAAAACAUUGAAUCCAUGAGACACAUUCUCAAUCAAACCCCCCUCAACUAUAUCCAUCUGCCCACAGGCCAGGCUUAGUCCUACUCCCACCUCUUUCUCCAGUUUUCUCCCCUCCACUACAAUCAGUCUGAAGAAGGGUCCUAACCCAAAACUUUGCUGCUCCAUGUUCUCCAGUGACACUGUCUUGCUUACUCCAUCACUUUGUGAUUUAUUUUAGUGCAGUUCCUUGUGUCGACAUUAACUCAAUGCUGGGUCCCAAAACAUACAAUGUUGAGUGCAGAAAGGAACUGCAGGCGCUGGUUUAAACCAAAGAUAGAUGCAAAAAGCUGGAAUAACUCAGCGGGACAGGCAGCAUCACUGGAGAGAAGGAAUGGGUGACGUUUCGAGUGGAGAUCCUUCUUCAGACUAAAAGUCAAGGGGGUUAACCUGUCUAAUGUAACCUGUAUAAUGUUAACCUGCCCUUGCGAAAAGCAGGUUAUCCAAUUCAGGGAUCAAUUAAUCCAGUCAUUCAAGAACAAAUGGCCCAUGAGUCUAUUUGUCAAUAGCUAAUAUGACUGACUGCAAGCUUCUGGAAUUACUGUGGCAGCUUCUAUCUGAAGAUUGCCUGAGUGAUACGGAGCAAACACAUCUAGUUGGCGAGAAGAUAAAAUUCAUUCAUGAUGGAAUGUGCUACAAACCACAAUCAGACCCAAAAUAAACUCACUCAUUUAAUUUAAUUGAAAAAAAAUUGGGUGGGGUGUUGAAGGGAUGAGCAUAGAAUGGACCACUUCAGUCAAGAGUGUCUUUUUGUCUUAUGAACCGGAUAUGAACCAGAACAAUGAAGACCUUACUUGCGGCAUCUUUGCAACAACAACAAAUAAAUGUUCUAUAAAUUAUCAGUUAUUUUAACAAAAUCAGACCAUGACAGAAUAGAAAAACAAAGUAAGUAGAGAAACCAUAGGAGUGCCAAGUCCGUUGGGGUUUAGUGUUGAGUCAGGGUUGAGGUUUGGAUUGUGUAGCGUGGUUCCUGAACCUGAUGGUUAAUGGGAAGAACUGCUCUUGAACCUGGAGGUAGCAAUUUUCAAGCUCCUGCACAUUCUUCCCGAUGGUAGCAGCGAGACGAUAGGGUGACCAGGAUGAUGUGGGUCAUCGAUGAGUUGAGUUUAGUUGCCGUCUUGGUGCGGCACAGCCUGUAGAUCCCUUCUGUUGUGGUGAGGUCAGUACCUGUGAUGGACCAGACAACGUCCACCAGUUUCUGCAGCCUCCUUUGUACCCGAAUGUUUAAAUUUCCAAACCAGACCAUGAUACGACCUGUCGACGUCUGGCAGAGCAUUGGGCAACACGCCAGAUCUCCUCAAACCUCCAAGAAAAUAGAAGCAUUGGUGAGCUUUCUUUGUGAUUGCAUCAAUGAUCUUGGCCUGGGUCAGUUGAUCAGAGAUAUGCAUGCCCAGGAAUGUAAAGCUGUUGACUCUCGGCAUUGACAUCCUGCUAAUGAGAAUCCCCCAACCUUCCCUUCCUGAGGUCAGCAAUCAGGUCCUUGGCCUCACUAACGUCGAGAGUUCAAUCAAGAUUAUCAAUCAUCCUCCUGUUCCCUAACUCAUUGUUACCCAUUUUUCAUCCAACGUUGUUGGUAUCAUAGGUGAAUUUAAAAAUGGUGAUGGAUACACAUUCAUGGUGAGACAGAGGGAGAGUAGAGCAUGGGACUGAGCACAUGGCCUUGAGGUGCCCCUGUGAAGAAAUACAUCGAAUGAGGCACAUUUUGAUCAUUUGUGCUUUUGCAACACUAGUUGCUGAGAACACAGGUGUAUUCCUUGGGAUUCACAGCAUCACUAAUGUGAACCAGAACUCCACAAAGAAAAACACAUUUUGAAUCAACCAGGGCCUAAGGAGACAAAUUAUGUUGAAUUGGAAUCCAAUCCUAAUCCCUUCACAAGUGGUGGGGAUUAUGUUAUUAACCACUGGAACAACAAACUUCAAUUCAACACGUUUGGGCAACUCAUCCUGGUGUCCAUUUCUUUCACCGCUACUUUAUCGCCCUAUUUGUCCAACCCUUGUGUCCCCCAUGUAUUGGUACUCAUCCUAUUCCAUUAUAGUUGUAGUUAUAUUGUUACAAUUGAAAUGAGUAUUUCAUCGCCCAACAACAUGACACAAAUUGAUAUCAACAGAGAGGGAAUGAUACCUUCAUUCUGGAAGAGGGAAACAUUCAAGCCAACUAGUCCUGGAAAUCAAACCUGAAUGGCCCCUCCUUAGAGUUGGUUCAGAUGUGCUGUCUUUAUGAGAGAUGGGAGAGGAGCAGUUAUAAUGUGAAAAUUGAGCCAAUGUCAACCAUAAAUAUUCUUCAAAAGGAGUUGCAAAAAAGGAAACUACUGAUAUUCUAAAAAGCUAGAGAAAUUGUAUUUCCUUCAGGUUUUUUUUCUAUCUAUGAAGUCCAGCUCAUCUCAAAUGUAUAAGUGAUGCCUUGAUUAUUGCACAAAGCACUGUAAAAAAAAACUGAUCAUGUUCUUUUUCAGAAUGAAGUCACUUGAUGCCUGCUAAGAUUAUUGAUGCUGUAUAUAGAAGGGUCAGUUUGCAAUUGACAACUACUGAAACUAACAUGUCAAAUUACAAAAUGAUUGAAGAGUUCUUUUAUGUAUAUGUGAAAAAAGACAUAGAAUAUAUAUUGUAGAUUUUCUACUGAUAUAAACCUGGGGUUUCCUGUAAUUUUUAUAAAUUCUCUUUCUUCAAUGAGAUUGAUUCAGUUGCACCCACCACGAUGAUCCUGCUCCGUGGGACAAUGGAUUUCUUCCUUCUCACUUUCCCAUUGUCCGCUCUUCUUCUAGCUUUCUGCUCUCCAUCUUCUUUCACUCUCAAUUAAUUCCAGUCUUUCUCCAACGAUCUCCCUUUUUUUAUUCAUGCAUAAGGCCACAUGAAGAUGGCGGUGAGGAAAAGCCUUCUUGAAGCACAAUUGCUUUCCUUCUUUCUAUCCUCUCUAUUAUCUUCCUUCUUUUCCUCUUUUUUUCCUUUCCUGCCACCUUCUCAUUUCUUUAAGGGCCUGUCCCACCUGGCGAUUUUUUCAGCGACUGCCAGCAUCAUUGACUGACGUGGACAAAAGUGUUGGAGAAACUCAGCGGGUGCAGCAGCAUCUAUGGAGUGAAGGAAAUAGGCAAUGUUUCAGGCCUGAACCCUUCUUCAGACUGACUGACGUAUCAGGUCACUGAAAAAUUUGUGGCAUGAUGCGGCGUGACAUUUUUUUUUUCGAAGCAGGAUUCUGAAAUGUUCAAAAUGUUUUGGCGACACUGAUAUGACGCCGGCAGUCACCAAAAAAAUCAUCGUGGGACAGGCCUUUUACUUUCUUUCUUCCCCAAUUCCUUCCCUUUCCCUUCCUGCCUUACCUGUCUCGUUUCACUCUACUACCUAUCCAUCUCUACCCUUCCCUUUUGUUUUCCUUCUCCCCUCUUCCCACCACUUGCCUCUCCCACCUGUUAGCUCCCUCAUUGCCUCUUUGUACUGACUGCACUGACGCGUCAGCGAUUAGUUAGGCCUUUUUUUCCCUUCUUCAUUUCAAUCCAGUUGAAACUUGCUGCUGAAAAACCUACAAAUGAAGCAAAUUAUCUGGGACUCAGGCUGUGAUUUAUAAGCUCAAUUUUAUAAUGAUGCUUUCUUUUUUUAUCUCAAAUAUUGUGUGUAAAUUUGAAGACGCCAAUAUGGUAUCAUGCCUCAAAUAAAAGCAAAAGCUCUGAUAAU